AUGACGAACAUAGAGUGCCUUGGGAACCCGGAUCGUGUGCCAAAUUUCUCCAACUAUCUAAAAGCGGUCAACAUGGACUGUUACAUCACUGUACCACUGCGCAAUCCUGUGGCUCGGCUGCAGUGGCAGCCUUUCCUGAUAGACGUCUCUAUUAACUUAGGCGACGUGAUGUCUAGGAAGAACUUCCUUCCCUACGGUGUCAUCUUCAGGAAGAUAGCCAAGCGUUUCAGCAACCUCAAUGGCUCCUUCCCAAUUUCGGGUCAUACGGUCGGAAUGGGUUCGGGCCCAUCCUUGGUUCUACCCUUUCCAAUUGGCCCCUACCAGGUGAGCGGCGUAGUCGUGGAUAGAAAUGCCACCGCCAGCGAGUACGUGGGCACCGUCAAGAUCUUUUUGCAGGCCAUGGAGCCGGAGAAGAGCAAGAAGAGGCUCACGUCCAAGAAGCAGUGA